CUCAAAUUGAAUUAGAAAGGGUGGCAAAAUGGGCGUUCCACGGUUUUUUCGAAAGCUCUCCGAGCGGUACCCGCUCAUCAACGAGAAGGUACAGAAGAGCAUGAUUCCCGAGUUCGACAACUUUUACCUGGAUAUGAACGGCAUCGUGCACAACACCAUUGGCGAAGCCGUGUCCGAAGAAGACAUGAUAGAACGGGCCUGGGAGUACAUCCGCUACCUGGUUGCGAUCAUCCAGCCGAAAGAGCUCCUGUAUUGCAAGUUUUCUUCUCCUGUUGCAUUUUUUCCAACAUCGCAAAUGAAAAUGCUAUAAAUACAAGUCCUUCUGAAGUUUUCUGGUUCUGCCUUUGUCCUUAAAUUUGUGUUUCUCUCCUCGACCCCAGGUACAUGGCUCUCGACGGUGUUGCCCCCCGCGCGAAGAUGAACCAGCAGCGGUCCCGGCGGUUUCGCUCCGCCAACGACAGCCGUGUCGCGAAGGAAGCCGCACUGAAGCGCGAGGAGGAGAUGGAACGAUUGAAUCAGAUGGCGGCAAACCCGAUCGAUACGGCUAAGAAAAACAAAUUUCGCUUCGACCGCAACGCCAUCACUCCGGGCACGCCCUUCAUGGAGAAACUGAACAACACUCUCAGGGCGAAUAUCCAGCGGCAAAAAGCGACCGAUCCCCUGUGGGAGUCGAUCCCCUUGAUCAUUUUUUCGGGCGCGGACGAGCCCGGGGAGGGCGAGCACAAGAUGAUCGACUACAUCCGGAAGGCGAAGCUGGCCUUGAGCAAAAAUUUCAAUCCGCACACCCGGCACUGCUUCUACGGCCUCGACGCCGACUUGAUCAUGCUUAGCCUAGUGUCCCACGAGCCGCACUUCUCCCUGCUCCGCGAGGAGGUGAACUUCAGCCGGACAGAGACGAAGCCGCACUUGAAAAGAUCCAUGCUGGCAGAGCCCACGUUUCAGCUGCUGCAUUUACAACUUCUCAGGGAAUACCUAGAGCUGGAAUUCAAACUCGACGAUUGCAAAAAGUACUUCGACCUGAACCGCGUGAUCGACGACUUGAUUUUGAUUUGGGCGCUGCUGGGGAACGAUUUCCUUCCGC